AUAUGCAUCUAUGAGUCUACCACUUAAUCCCAAGAAGACAAAGGAAGCCUGUUAAGGAUGAGAGCUGUUUCUCUGCUGGUGCUGCUGUGCUGCAGUUUGUUGGAGGGACAGUCGGUCAGUUUGAGUCAUUAUGAAGGCAGAGAGAACCAGAUUCAGGCUGAGGAUCCCAGAAAUGAACCUCCAGCCACAACCUCCACCCAACAAAGCUGCCAGCCGGACAUCCACUCUGUACUGAGAGAGAUGAGCGCUAUGCUGGCAGAGCUGAAAGUUGAGCAGAGACACACGACGACUGCAGUGAACAGCAUGGAGAGCAGACUGAGAGCCAGUGAGAGUCAAGUGGAGGAACUGAGGAAGAAGAAUGAGGAGCAGAGUCAGUUAAUUCAAUCUCAAGCAGUGAAUCAGACUGCCAUGGAGGCCAGAUUUGGGACUGAACUGGAGGAACUGAAAACCAAAAAUAAUGACUUUGACAACCAAGUGGAGAAGCUGAAAAAGGAGAAUCGAGAGAGAAAAGUGGUGUUUUCAGCAUCACUCUCAGCAGGUGAAGCUGGUCAUACUGGACCAUACAGCACUUUAUUUCCUCUGGUCUACAAACACGUCUUCACCAACAUCGGCAACGCUUACAACCCAGCUACAGGAAUUUUCACUGCGCCUGUGAGAGGAGUCUACCAGUUCAGUUUCUCCACCCAUGGAUGGAGUGGAAGAGUUGUACAAGCGCUCUUACAGAAGAAUGGACAUCACGUAGCUGCAGUAUAUUCUUAUCAAGACCAGCACGUCGUGAAUUCCUCUAACGGAGUCUCACUGUUACUGGAAGUAGGAGACGUCGUCUCUAUUAAACUCGGGGCCAAUGCUUGGAUAUAUGAUGAUGGGUCUCAUUAUAGCACCUUCAGUGGUCAAAUGCUGUUUUCUGUUUGAGCAGCUCAUCAUUAAAUGUUGAGGAACAAGAGAGUAGAAAAUGUUCUCUCUCAUUUCCAACUGUUUUAUACGAUGAUUUUUAGUGACUGACAACAGAAUGAUUUUUAAGAAAUAUUUUUAGCCAGUGUACCAUGCUCCUCUUGUUACGGCUAAAGGCAAAAUUGGAAUUCACUCAUAAUCAUAUGUUAAAUUAAAUGUUACAUUGUUUAUGUAACAAUUUUCACUUUUGGCAAAGCGCAUAAUGUCUGUUUUAUUUAGCAGUUUUUGACCUCUGAGUAAUUCAUAUUACUAGGAAACGUGAACUGACUUCAUAACAUUGAGUUUGUAAGCAGUAAAACGUGGUUAUGGUGGAUUAUGUUGACCAAGAACACAAGAGUUAAAAAGUAGCUGAUAGAAGUUACUGCACUUCUGUUAUCAGAGAGAUUUUCCACUUUCAGACUAUCAUGUGAUCAAAGUUGGCUCGUGUUGAUGCGGCUCUUCAGUUCCACUAAUAAACACCUGCAUCGCACAUGUUCAUAAAAUAGAUACUACAGAGGUUAUUUAUAGUGUUUCCUCCCUGGACAGAGUGUACUAAUGAAGUAAGAACCCAUUUUUGUUUAAACCGAGGGGCUGACAGCUUCAUAACUAUAGCUAGGAUGGUCAGCUAGCUGACAGGCUAAAACAUAGCAAGCCUGCUAAACAACUGCAUUAUAAAUAUCACAGGCUUGGAUGUGAUUCACUGUAAAAUGGCAGUAUAAAAGACUAAAUGUCACUUGCAUGGCUUACAUGCCUCAAAUGUCUCUGUUUCAAUCAGAGCUGCCUUAGGUAGCAUCAAACCAACCCAGGCUCAGUCUCAAACGGUUCCGUAGUGCCUAAAUAAUGUGCUAUGGACAUUUUGAAAUUCUAGCUUCUACAGGCAAAUAGUGCAGUAUUUGUCGAGUGUGGAUGUGGCUGAAUCCCAUAUGAGUAUUUUUUAGCUAUAUUAUGCACUGUUGUGGUGCAGAAGCCAGUAUUUAAAUUCCUAUGUUAAGUGCACUAUGUAGGGAGCAGAAAGCCAUUUAAGAUUUAGCCCCAGUUUGGGAAAAGGGGCACUGCCUGGUGCUAAAUAAGACUUGUGUGUCUUCCCGUCCUGUAUCAAUCCUUUUAAAUUAAUAGACCUCUGCGGAGUUUUGUAAUUGCGAGAUCAUGCCAUUUCAUAAAAUUCUGAAGCAGUGGUGACAAAUGUUUUUCCUUUUGUAGCCAUAGGUCGAUGACAAAUGAGGUCAUGAUGAAUUUCAACACGAAAGGGGGGAAGGGCAAGCUUGCCUUCACAAAGCUCUGUCUCUUCACUGUUGUCACAGGUAAAAGGGAUAUAUCCCCAGUGUUGUCUAGUGUCUACUUUGUUGGUUAGUGGCCACCUAUUAACAACCUUGCCGCUACCCGCAAGAAACGUCAGAUUUUCAGUGCACAGUUUUUAAUUUGUUUCUAGAGUAAACAUGAUGUAUAUGUGAUGAGGCAAAUGCAUUGCCCAUCACCAAAGACUGUGUAAUACUUACCUGAAUACCUACCUAUAAUACUCACCUGUUGUCUGUUCCCUAGCAGAGACAGCAAAAAGGAGGCAGAGCAGAGUGAGCUCACUCAUGAGUGUGCUGGCAAGCCCACGGCUAGCUCAUGGGAGGGGUGAUGUCUCCAACCUAGGUCCCAGAAAAGAGAGUGAGACAGGUUAACAAAUGUGCACACUGUAAUGAAACAUCUUUUACCGGUAACAUAACGUAUUAAGGCCUUAUGAAAUUAAUCAUGGUUUUAUUUACCCUAGUUUUAACCUAUUCUUAGAGGACAGCAGCACCCCUGUGGAGUGGAAUGGGUUGGCUCAGGCGAUGCAGGGGCGGGGCUAUGCCUAUAAGAGGUAUGGGAGAGGUUUAGUAAGGGAGGCUAGCUCGAUGGUACUCACCUCAGACUGAGAGGCAGCUGAGGGAAAUGUGAGUAAAGCUAGUCAAAAGUAUAGUUCUAUGGCCUUGCAGCCUAGGACUAAAUAUACUUACCUGUACUGCCAUUGAGUCAGGUUAAUAUUUUAACUACCGUUUGUUUUCGUUUGCACAGUUUUUCUUUUGUAUGUCUUGCACGUUUGUAAAUAAAUCACUCACCAUUUGAAAAGAACCACUCAGAGUUGUCGUAUCUUCAACCUGCAACUUCAUCCUAAAUACCAUUCGGUCACAACCUACCCGGUGUCUCCUCACGGGGUUCGGCGAAGCAUCGUCAUAGUAUAGACGACUUUUCCAUUCUUUGAUUUAAAACAAAGACAGCUGCUGGCAUUCACGUUUUUCUGCCAGAAUGUAGACAGUUGCAUGCUGUUUGUGAACAGCAUUCAAAGUUGAAAUCUCCUUAACCUCAGCAGGCCAUGGACAUUUAACACGUUGUAUACAUGUAAAGAUGUGUUAAACAUACAUGGCCCCUAAGAAUGUAUGCUAAGAAAUGUUUUUGCUUCUUACACUAGUCUAUCGUAUUCUAUAUUCCCCAUAGAUAUACAUAUUCAAAUUAUUCUUACAGAGAGUGUCCAGAGGACUACAGGUGAAACGGAGGCAAACACUGCGGCAGCUGUUGCCUUCUGCUUGAAGUAUGCCCCAGACAGGGUGGGCGGCGGUGGCAGAAAAAAACUUUCUUAAAGGACUUUUUUUGUAAGACUUUUCGGAAGUUCAUGUGAUAACUGUUAGCUGGUUCCAAAAGGACAGACAGUUUUGUGAAUUUUGUGAAAUUAAUUUUUGUUUUGAAUCUACCCUUUUAAAAUAAUGUAAACAGGUUCUUUAAAAAUAUUACAAUAAAAGGUUAAAAAUA